CCGGUCACCUACUGUGCUUUGUCCGCAGUCUCUGGUCAUCUCCUGUACUACGUCCGCAGUCUCUGGUCAUCUCCUGUACUACGUCCGCAGUCUCCGGUCAUCUCCUGUAAUACGUCCGCAGUCUCUGGUCAUCUCCUGUAAUACGUCCACAAUCUCUGGUCAUCUCCUGUAAUAUGUCCGCAGUCUCUGGUCAUCCCUGUACUAUGUCUGCCGUCUCUGGUCAUUUCCUGAACUAUGUCUGCAGUCUCUGGUCAUCCCUGUACUAUGUCUGCUGUCUCUGGUCAUUUCCUGAACUAUGUCUGCAGUCUCUGGUCAUCCCUGUACUAUGUCUGCCGUCUCUGGUCAUUUCCUGAACUAUGUCUGCAGU